AUGUAUCUGUACUUUACUCAAGUAUUUAUAUUUGGUGAUACUUUAUACUUUGACUCCACUACAUUUCUAAGUGAAAAAUCGUACUUUUUACUCCGUUCCAUUUAUUAAAACCUCUCGUUCCAUUUUACCAAAGCGAAUCGUAAUGAGAGGUCAAACACUCUCUGGUCACAGCCAGUGCACAAUCACAAACCAAUCAGGGCUCAGCGCGCAAUUUGCUCUGAAGUCCUUUCGAUUUCGGUUUGUUUGAUGAGACAUUGUGUGCGGGAGAGCUAGGUUGAAAUCAUUACAACGCAAAGCAUUUUGCAGGAUGAUGCUCAUGCUCACUUAAUGCUACAACAAUAAUGACAGAACUGUUGGAAGAAACGUCCGACACUGACUUGCCUGAACACCCGUGGCCUUAUUUAGGCGAACUUUUUGAAGUGGUGGAAAGGAAGAAGGAUUCGUUUUACUUCAAGUGUCUUCUCUGCCUGCCAAAGAACAAUAUUAUAUCCUCGUUCAAGAAUUCUCCCUCGAAUUUAAAGAAACACGUCGAGAGAAAGCAUGCAAGUGUUGUGGAUAGGUAUGACGCUUUGACUGCCCCACGCAAAAGAAAAGCAAAGAACCAAGACGCUCCUUCAACUUUAAAACAGUUAAAGUUAGGUGAGACAAAGGGAGUUUCUCAAAGAAAUGUGGAUCAUGCUGUUUUGAAUUUUGUAAUUCAGAGUCUCCAGCCCUUUAGUGUGGUAGAGCAGCCAUCAUUUCAAGAUCUCUUGCAAGAUCUUCAGCCCAAUGCCUCUCUGAUGUCCAGGACCACCUUGCGACGCAAGAUAGAUGAGGCUGCAAUUGUGAUGAAGAGGAACAUCAAAGAAGCUAUGGACAAGGUUGAUUUUAUUGCUACGACAACAGAUUGUUGGAGUGCAAGGCGGAGGGGUUUUCUUGGAGUUACUGCCCACUGGGUUGAUCCCAAUAGCCUAGAGAGGUGUUCAGUGGCGCUAGCAUGCAAGCAGCUCAAAGGUGCACACACUUUUGACGUCUUGGCUAAUUCGUUAAAUGAGAUACACUCAGAAUUUGGCAUACAGAACAAGAUAACCCGAACUACUACGGACAACGGGUCCAAUUUCUUAAAGGCAUUCCGAAUGUACGGAGAACAAGAUGAAAACAACAAUUCUCCUUCAGAUGAGUCUGAAGAUGGUGAUGAGAUGGGUGAUGAGGACCAGGAGUGUGAUGGGGUUGAAGUGGAUUUUGUUGAAGUCACAUCUAUCUUAAAUGAAGAUGAUGGUUUGCAAUUCCAACUCCCUAAGCAUCAUCGAUGCGCCUGUCACUUAUUGAAUCUUGUCUCCACAGUGGAUGCGGCCAAAGCAAACUCAAACGAUGCGUUCAAAAGGUUGUCUAGAUCAGCUUUUUCAAAAUGCUAUGGACUAUGGAACAAAUGUGGGAGAUCUUCUACUGCUGCAGAGCUUAUAGAGAAUGUGUGCAAAAUUCAGCUUAUCCGUCCCAACGCAACAAGGUGGAAUUCUUUGUUUCUUGCUGUCGAGAGAAUCCUACGAAUUGUUAAAGAUCAGGGAGAAGGAGCUCUAAGAACUGUAUUCACUUCACUCAAGUUGCCCAUGCUGAGUCCAGUCGAGAUCGCCUUUUUGAGGAUUUAA